AUGUGCUCCCCCUGCCACCUUAAACUUCUGAUAGUUGGCGCGAUUGGCGCGAUUCUUAUUCCAAUCAUCGCAGGACUAGUGAUCGUUUGCAUACUUAUCGCAUCGGCAUUGGGCUUGAUUGACUGGGGUCGCUCUAGCUCCAAGAGGCAAGCGAUUGCCAAGGUCGAUCUAAUCCCAGAUUUAAGUGAGAAACCAGCCUCUCGGAUUAUGGAAAACGUACUCCGUACCGAAACUGAUAUUGAGGGGAAAAGACGCCUUGAAAUUGAGAUCGACUUCCUCGAGGAAAUGUUGCAUGCUCGCAGAGACAAGCUUGCACAGGUCAGUUAA